CCGAGGCCGGAUGUAGUGAGUUUGGAGGGAUAUUUAAAGAACAUUUUUGAUUAGAAAAUGCUAUUUGUGCAGAUGUUUAUCCUGUCGUGGUUGCUUGAAUCUGAAAAUGUUAUUAACAUCAAUCUUAUUAAUGUACACCAUUCUCGGGUAAAACGACAUGGCCCUGAUGCUGGCACUAUAGAUGGUCGCAGUUUAUUUGUUUUGAAAAACAACAGAGGCAACAUAACAUUACCCAGUAACUUUAAUUCUUCUAUGGGCUAUGUUGAGUACAUAUGGCAUGUAGAAGUUAAGUCUCAGGACUGUGGACAGCCACCAUGGCAGCUGUCAGAGGGCACCCCCCACGUGAGACUCAAAGACGAGGUUUUUCAACUACCAGAGCAAAACAAGUACAACAGGUGUGCUACUGCUUAUGUUCAAUAUGGCACAUACACACUGGACAAUUUGCAAGUUUUACACAGUCCGCAGCUUUGUGGCCAGAGCAAGUUUGACCCCUUUGAGACCAGCAGUGACCUGUGGGUGGCAUUUGUAUAUUACGGAAGGGAGGAUGAAAUUGCCAAAAAAGAGGACAUGGCAAUACAUCUGCAUUAUGAGAUAUUUUGUUUGGAGGCAGCGUCAGAAGAAGACUCGGCACUACCUGUUGUCCUAGGCUGUGUGAUAACAGUCCUUGUUGUCAUAACUCCUGGGUCUGUGUACUGUAUUAAAAAGAAAAGAGAUGCCAGAAGAGUCAGAGAGAGACAAAGACGGAGAAGGUUAACCAGGAAAAAUGUUGUCAGGAAACCUUAUGGAUCUGUCAAAAAGAAAGGCAAAGAAGAUAUUCCAGAGGUACAGAGAGUUUCAUGCUUGGAAAAUUUUGACACACUCCAAAAAUCUAAAGACAACACUUACGAUGAAAUCCCUGAGUUUAGGUUUCAAGCAAAAGUUGCCUUCAAAGGUGAUGACAGUACAUACAUGUGCCCAAGAGACAUCAAUGAUAAUGUCAUCCCACCUCAAAACUCUGUUUUAGCCCACACUCUAGGAAAAAAUGUAGGUGUUGACUCUACACUGAAUAUCCCAAAGAGUCCAUCAGUGGCAACAUACAUAUCCUUUCAUGGCAUGCUUGCCUCAUGUAAUGGCCACAGUACACUGUUCUCCAACCAGUUGCCUCCAAGCAGACACAGGAGCUCUCAGUCCACAGAACUUCACAGUGAGGCACAUUUCCAGCAGAGCUGCAUUUCGCCAUUGUACAGGUCGCCAUCUAGUGAGGAGCCACAAGAAACCAAAUUUAGAAGCAGCAUCACUUUCCUGUCAAAAUUAACACCAGUUUGGGGGGAUUUGAAAAAGAAAAUUUUGGGAAAUCCAACCUCAACUCCACUUGAUGAUCUGGAUGUUAAGAAGGCCUCAUGUUAUAUGCAGGGUUUCACCAGAAAGCAUCAUUCUGCUCCUGAGCCCCAUGAUAACGCUGUAACCAAUCGGUCACCCAAACCCCAUGUGCAAUUUGACAAAAUACAAAAUCAGCUGCUUCCACAGAGUAUUUAUGCAAAAUAUUGUAUUAAAAUGAAGAAGGACCACCAGGGAUUGGACAACAUAUCACAAGAGGAAGGCAUGAGGGUCCCUCUUACCAAAAUUUUGAUUUCUCCUGCCAAAGAUGACCUGGCUCCUGGAGUUGAUGCUGCAGACCAGAGGGAAGACAACAGUGCCCCAGAAAUGAAGAAGAGCAACCUUGCCACUGCCACACCUACCAUUAAGGUAGAAGACUACAGUGACGUUGUGAUGGAGACUCCUUGGGUGACAGCUCCAGACAGUGCCUCCCCCAAAUCACCAUCUGCUUGGAGCAUGGACAGUGUCUUCAUUUAGACUCUAAAACCAAUUAUUUGUUUUAAUCAGUUUGGAAUCUAACAAGACGAUAAAUUGAAUUCUUCUCAUUGACAAAUAGUUAAAAAUGAUCUAAUGUAGAAAAUGCAAAGUGAUAUAUAUUGUGUUGAUCAGUUUUUGCAUAGAAAGAAAUGUAUGAAUUAAUAUUUUUUCAUUGUAUUUUUUCUGUACUUUGAGUUACAAAUAGAUAUCAAGUAGAGCGUCAUAUGAUCAAUUAAAAGUAUGCUACAACCAGUAGCAAAGUUUAGCUUUGCCCUGUAUAUUUUCUAAGACAUAUUUGUUCACUUAUUAAUGUUUCGUAACACUGGUUAUCAAAGAGAAAAUGAAAAGUACAACGUUUCCCUUAUUUUCUUUUUCAUGUGCAACUUCUGAGACAUAAUGCUUAUAGAAAAGAAAAAUCUACAGGGGAAAACUUUGUUUAGACAAAGCAAAAUGUCUUUAUUGUUGAUGCGUCUGCCUAUGGUAAAUGAGUCCUUUUUCUCAUCAAAAAUACUACAUUGUAAAAAUUUUAGCAUUACUGCAGCAAUGGUCACACCUAAUACGACAUGGCAGAAGGCGUCAAAAUCUCACUGCCUUGGCUUUGUUCUCAAAUGUGUGCUCCAAGAUCUUCCUUUGUGUGUAGUAACUUGAACCUGAAUUGCCUGCCAAGUAUUGAGAUAUGAUGCCUUUCCACACCAAGCAUUUUACCUUUGCGAAACUGCUGCACUAAAAGUUUUGAAGUUCUACCAUGUAAUUACAAUACAGAGGACUUCACUUGGCUUGUUGAGCAUGG